GGUGCCGCCAUGGCGGGUCGGUGCCCGCUGGUGGAGGACAGCUUCAGCCGGUUGGCCUCGCAGAGCAACGUCUACGGGCUGGCGGCGCUGGCGGGCGGGGAGGGCCCCGGCGGGCUGCUGGCGGCCGCGCUGAAGGGGAAGGUGAUUUACUUCCGGUACCACGACCUGCGGCAGCGGCUGCGGCCCGUCGCCCGGGAGCUGCAGUUCACCUACAUCCCCGUCGACGCCGAGAUUGUCUCCAUCGACUCCUUCCCGAAGUCGCCCCCCCAGCGCGGCCUCGUGGUCGGCAUCACCUUCAUCAAGGACUCCGGGGACAAAGCCAGCCCCUUCCUCAACAUCUACUGCGACUACGAGCCCGGCUCCGAGUACGACCUCGACUCCGUGGCGCAGAGCUGCCUCAACCUGGAGCUGCAGUUCACCCCGUUCCAGCUCUGCCACGCCGAGGUCUGCGUGGGCGACAAACCCGAGACGGUUUUCCUGCUGAGCGGGAACGACCCCUCCAUCCACCUCUACAAGGAGAACGAAGGCUCGCACCAGUUCGAGGAGCAGCCGGUCCAGCACCUCUUUCCCGAGCUCCAGGAGCUGCCAGCAAGUACGAGGGGGGGUCCGCGGCCCGUCCUCUGGCUCGACGUCUGCAACAUCCCCGGCGCCGGCCAGCGCGUCACCGCCUUCGGUUGCCAGAGCGGCUACGUCCGCGUCGCCCGGGUGGACCAGGCCAGCCCAGCCGUGCUCCAGAGCUGGAGUAUCCAGCAGGAUGGUCCCAUCUCCAAGGUCCUGGUGUUCCCGCUGCCGUCGGAGCUGGGAGCCGGUGACGCCGUCACCGCGCAGGGAUACAGCGUCCUCGUCACCAGCACCAUCGAGCUCUCCGUGGUGUACCGGGACGUGUUAACCAACGGACUGGGCGACCAGUUGAUCUUACCGGCCAGCGACCAGUACGACAGCGUCCUCUGCGCGCUGGUGACCGACGUCGACUUCGACGGCGCCCGCGAGAUCCUCCUCGGCACCUACGGGCAGGAGCUGCUCUGUUACAAAUACACCGGCGCCGCGGGGAAUCCGCCCGGCGAAUUCCGGCUCCUCUGGACACGGCGCUUCCCCAGCCCGCUGCUCUCCAUGCUCUACGCCGACCUGACCGCCGACGGGCUCUGCGAACUCGCCGUCGUCUGCCUGAAGGGGCUCCACGUCCUGCAGCACAGCCUGGAACCCACGGCACGCCGCCUCCUGGAGCGGCUCCGGCGGGAAGCAGAGCGCAGAGGCCGGCGCCGGGCGGUGGCGGAGUGA